AUGGCCGCGCCUGAACCGCGAAACCUGCGUGUCUGUAGAAUAUACGCGGGCAUGAUUGAGAUCGGACACAACUUGUACUACUGCUUCACAUGUGCCAAAGUGACGGGCCAUCCGAAGGCGCCAGGGGAUGCCAAGCUACCGAAGCACACCAAAUGA